AUGGAUCAAGCUAAGGCUAGGGUUCUCUCUGAUAGGCGCUAUCCAUCUCCAUCUCCACGGAACUUCACUGUUAUUGUGGUACCUUUGCUUGAUGGCAUGCUGGGAGCAAUCUUACCCACUCGUACUUGGUUUGGAGUUCUCAUGUCUGCUUUUGGGGUUGCUAUGCUGGAAUGCAGUGGAUCACCUCCAAAUGUUGGUGAUCUUUUGAACUUCUUGAGUGCAAUAUUUUUUGGAAUUCACAUGCUUCGAACAGAGCAUAUUUCUAGAAGCACAAAGAAAGAAAGCCUCGUAGCAAUUCUUGGAUAUGAGGUUUGUGUUGUUGCUCUCUUAUCCACAAUCUGGGUUUUCAUUGGAGGGUGGUUAGAUGGUGCCCGCUAUUCCAACAAAUCGUCAUGGAUAUGGACAUGGACAGAGCUAUGGGACUAUCUCAAGUCAAAUUGGUGGAAGCUUAGGGGUGCAGAUAUUGGGUCCUCACCUCCCCAAGAAUUUACAGUGGCUGAAGAUGGUAAUGAGAAAGGUGAUCUCCGACGACUUCCCACUGAGCAUAAAUUACAAAAUGGUCUCUCUACUUCCCCGAUUUUUGCCAGAUCCAAAAAGGAUGUCACAGAUUUUAAAAAAUGA